AUGGACAGGAUCAACCAACAGGCCGCUCGCUCCCCCGCCAUGGUGCGUCUGGCUGCAAUCAACAAGGUGCAGACGCGGUUCCGGCACUUCCGCCAAGACCACAUCUUUGACCGCUCCUAUGCCUUGGGCACCAAUGUGAACACACGUGUGCAGCAGAUGAUGAAAGGAGUGACAAUGAUGGGAUCCUUUACGUCACUCACUGCGCAGGAGGUCCUGAAGUUGACUUUGCCCGUAGAAGGCAUGGAGGCCUUGGACGAUUAUUCGAAGUCUGCGACGUACUCCGAAGUGAAUGUGAACUUGCAGAAGAUGGCAUUCCAUAUCUCCGAGAAUUUCACCAUGUUGUCGUUCUCGGAGGCAGGCGCCGAUGCCUCAGUCCUGGACCACGCUAGCUGGGGGCAUUUCGUGAACCUGAGCCAGAUCAGUUCGAUUGUCUUGCAUUCUGAGCGGACUUUGGCCAAGAGUCGUCAGGGCGAUCUAUUGCCUCCCUCCAGCUGCACAGGAGUUUGGUUCACGGUGCAUGGGCCCAGAGUCGGCUGGGGUCGCGCACUCCGGACCUUCACAGACCCAGAGACACAGAAGCCGUUCCAGCAAGUGGUGGGCUCCGGCGAUGGCAAUGGCCUGGGAGCGGCUUUGGCCGACGGCGAGGCUUUGCAGUGGUUCCGAUUGGAGCUUGGCUUCCGUUCCGCCGAUGUCUUGGACUUGAGGAAAGAGCUCCCAGAAGAGGGCCAGGUUGAAGUCUUCGGCGACGAGGAGGUCGACUCCUUGCCCAGGUCGAACUUCCAGACCUACGUGGACUUGACGAUGCUGGGCCGGCGCUUCCGGAGCACGAAGGCCACUGGAAGCAAUCCCAGAUAUCAGGGCCCAUAUUCGGGGAAGUUCAUCGCGGAGGUGCCCAUACCACCAGGUGACGGUGGCCUGGCCUUCCUGGACACCUCGGAGGUCGGCAUUGAUGUGGUGGAAUGCGAUCCCGAGAAUCCGGAGAACAACCGCACCAUCUGGGCGGCAAAGAUGCCCCUCUGGAAGCUUUUCGCCGCAGAAGAAGAUCUCCCGAAACCCAUGGAACCGCCACCCACGGCUACGGCCCUGACAACGCUGGGCAUCGGAGAGGGGGCUCUCACGACCCUGGGUCUCAUGGAGGAAGCACAGGAGCAAAUCCAGAGUAUGACCAGGUCUCUCAGGAGUGGAACCCUGAAAAGUACUCGGAGGAUGUGGCUCCAGCACCCUACCGUGAACCUCUCUGACAUCUUGCCCCUCAAGGCCCAUGUGGACUUGGACAUUUUUGCCAAGCUAAGCCCGAACUCCCUGCUUACGAAGACGCCAGUUUCACCAGAGCUGCAAGGACGCGGGUCCAGCUCCUGCCUCUUCACCUCAAACAAGUCUGCCUGGGUGGACCCCAGCCAGAGGAGCAUGGGUGUGGCAAACAUGGUUGAGGUGAACGUUCGAGAGAUUGUUUUCCCCACAGAUGAUGUGCCAGAGGAGACUAGGCUCUACAAGUACCAUGUGGAGGCCAGGUGUAAUGGCGUCCGAGCAGCUACAAAGGCAUUGUGCCGGCCCAAAAAGACCUGGAAAGCUAUCAUCCCUUUGGACACUUCCAAGAUCGAUUUCAAGGGCACUACAAUCUUUGUGCCUCUGCCCCCAGGGUGUUGGAGCAGCGCUGAGACGAUCAAGGUGCGGGUGCAGGUCAUGCGCACGCUCGUGAACGAGGUCCAGGCGGUGAACUUCAAUGAGCUCCUUUCGAGGAAUGGAAGAUCGGCCCCGUACACCCCGACAUCAGAAGUGGUCUACCACGCGGAUCUGUUUGUCGACGGCAUGAGCCUGGACUUCUCAAGGCAGGCUGCAGGAGUUCCCUUCGCCGGGGCAACGGCACCCCCCACGUACUAUGGCGUCGCAAAGGAUGAGCUGAGUCCAGUUGAGACACCAGCCCUGGUGGUCAUGGACAUUGCGCUUCGGGACCGGGACUAUGCGCGGCUCCACACUGCACAGGACAGCCUCCGAGCAGGCAUGCUCUGCGUGGGAGACAAGGCCAUGCUGAAGGUGGAGGAGCCCAUCCGUUACCCUAACAGCGAGGUGGAGUACCGAAACUUCUUGAACAAUUCGGCACCUGGCCA